AUCUUGGAUCCGUCGACGAACUUUGCUCGAGGGAACGAAAGAAAGUCCAAGAACUCCCACAUCACCUCCAUCCUCUUGAGCAAAGCCAAAGCACCCACUAUUUCCUGCUAUCGAAAAAUCAAUACAUACCACCAGCUACCGGUAGAUUCAAGUCAAGUCAAGUCAAGUCAAAGAUGUACUACGCACUGGGAAUCUUCGCAUUUACUUCGCUCCUGUAUUGGUGCUACAGAAAGUUUCGACAAGCACCUUACAAGCCCGGAAUGGUUCGAGACGAGGCUGCCAAGAAUGAUGGUUUUGACGAUGCUUCUCUCCAUGACACCAACAAGACCAGCAAGGACAAUAAAUGGAUGAUGCCCAACAAUGUGGAACUAUUUUUCUUUCCUCCACUCAAUGCUAGUAGUAAUCAUUCACCCAUUUUGGCCAUUCAUGGUGGUCCUGCCAUUGCUCCCAGUCAACCCUGGAAGAUUGCCUCUGAUUCUGACCUAGCAAAUCUGUACUUGUAUCACGCCCGGGGAUGUGGACACUCCACACGUAUUCACCGCAAAUUUCCAUCCCCGGGCAUGUGGCCUGGAAUCAAGAUUAUCGAACAAGAUUUGGGAAUUGGCGCGCAAGUGGGGGAUGUGGAACGCGUUCGACGGCGGCUCGGAGUGGAGAAAAUGGAUCUCGUGGGGCACUCUUUUGGUGGCUUAUUGGCGACCUUGUACGCGGCGGAAUUCCCCGAACAUGUGCGAUCCUUGACGUUGUUGGUACCCGCGGCAGUAUUGGAGUUACCUUCCAAAGACGGGGAUUUAUUUUCCAUGGUCAAGGACAAACUAAAGGAGCGGGGAAAUCAAGAACAUGUCCAAGAGUUUGAAGAUUUCAUGAAGGUGUACAUGGACUUUGGAUCGCUUCCCAAAGAAACCGACGAGACAUUGGCAUUGAGACAAGCCGGUUUUGCAAAGCAUUACUAUCGUGCCGUCGACACCAGUAACGAAAAGGAGCCAGUGGAUCCAAAACUCAUUGGAGGAUUUGCCUGUUACGCUACGUUCUUGUCAAUGGGGAUGGAGCACAACUGGAUUCCAGACCUGAAAGAACGCUUCUCCGGAACGACAUUUCCAGUCUCCAUUGUCCACGGAGCCAAGGACUUUUUGCCCGAGAGCACAAGUCGCAACUACGAAACACUAUUCUCCACCAAGGAUCAAGUGGAAUUCUAUACCGUAGAGGAUGGAGACCACGAUCUGUUCGAUUUUCCAGAGGUGGGAGAGAUUGUCAAGAAAACUACUGGUCGAGCCAUCUAGCUAGACUCUUUGCAACGUCUUUCUCUAGGUAGCCAAGAUCCAAAAUUGGGUUAGUUACGUUAUUUUGUGUAUUGCAUUGUAUCGCGGUCGUCUUUGAAUAGCGUCUAGCAUAGCAGUACUUGUACAUAAACUCCAAAAUGAUGGAAAAUUGCCUGAAUAAAGAAAGAUAUAUUCCCCCGAUCCGACACGAUGGUAUAGCUUGUCGGCGUAAUGAUGUGAUGUGAUUUGUCUUGUGUGUGUGUGUUUUGCGUUGGCCUGCCUAAUCAAUCCACUGGCUCAAUCUCGACGACAGUUCGUGCUUCUUUCGCGACUGCCCCUUCCAACCCCGCGCGGGAUAGAUCGCUGGGAUCCAUUUGGGUCAAAAAGUAGUGCACGCAGUCAAAUCGGUCGUUGACGGAUGCCAGGGCAUCAAUCCAAUUGAUCAUGGUCGGUUCGUCACUGGCUAAAUGUUCUUUGCGGGCCGCACAAAUACGGGGUCCAUACUGCAUUUUUUCCAAGUUGGAAGCACUCAAAUUG